UGUCACGUGCUCUCAUGUCUUAGUCGAUGGUUCCAGAGGAUUGAGCACAAAUCGAAGCUAUAGCAGCUCAGAAGGUCUCAACUCAUCUGUCAUUUGUACGCCAUAACUGCUUCGAUAUCCAAAGGUCGGAAAGCUGGGGAUUACAGCUCUUGACCGUCGCAAUUGCGGUACUUGAUAUGCUCCACCUCAGUAACGUCUUUCGGAAAGCACUCAGGCAAGCACGAAGGACAACAGAAGUACUCUUUUCAAGCAAGAGGCUAGAAAGUGCAGAGGCAGAAAUCAAAUCCAACAUCGUCAUUUGUUUGAUAGCUACUUUCCAGGUUUGGACGACUCCCGUUGCACCAACAGACUGUGGGACAACACAUGGAAAAAUAAUCUCUCUACAUCAUGAAAGUGGCGUUUGCAAGACUUCGUAGUCUCAGCGCACUUCAUUCCACGUUCCAGCCUA